UCCAGAAGAGCCCCGCGCUAAGCUGUGAGCAGAAUAUCCGAGGCCCCGCAGCGCGUACCAUCGCGCGUUGAGAGCAGUUAUUACAUGACUUGGAGGCUCUCAAUCAAGCGUAGAAAUAUGUUGCUGUGUGAAAGUUGCCAUCGAGGUCUCAGUUUGUGCGGUAUCAUCAUAUCUUUAUCGAACUCUAUCGCUGCGGACCUGGACGUUCUCUGAACAGAGCGGCUCCCGCGUCGAGCACCACCUUCCCGAGCGAGCGGUGGCAUGCGGCACCAUUCUUCCCCACCUGCACCGCCGCGUUCACUCCGUUCGCUCCUUCCUUCUUUAAAGCUGGCGUCUCUUAUUCACGUCUCGAGACUUAGCUCUCGCCCAAAUCUCUGGAUUAAGAUUUCGCCUAGACCAGUCUCUUGCCGUAAAAACUACCUCACUUCGCUGAGUAGCACUGCAGCCGCUGCUAAGCGUUUCUCAAGCUCAACCACACGAGCUACAGAGCUUCAUCUCACCUCACGUGUGCAAAGGCCGAGACUUGCAGUUGCGCAACCAGCUGCAUUGAGUGUUCAGAAACGGUUCUGCCAGAGCGAAGUCACUAGUAGCUUCACAAACAUGGCCUCAGAUCGCGACAUCCUCCCCUCGUGGGCCAAACCCUCUCAUUACGCCAUCUCUCUCUACGAUAUCGAGUUCGGCGGCAAGUUCGGUUACAAGGGCACUGUCAACAUCAAGACCAAGAUCGUAAAGGACGAUGGCUUCUCUGAGCUGGUGCUCAAUGCCCACCAGCUCAAGGUCCACAGCGCUGAGCUGAAGGCCGGUGAUGCCACCAAGCCAGCGAACCAUAUAUCCUACGAUGAGAAGCGCCAGCGCGUUACACUUGACUUCGGAGAGAAGAUCAACUACUCGGGCGAUGCGACUCUGGAGGUCAAGUUCGAGGGAACUAUCAACAACAUCAUGGCUGGUUUCUACCGCUCCAAGUACACGCCCAAGGGUGAAGUCCCAGCUUCCGUUGCAAAGGACGACGAGUUCCACUACAUGUUCAGCACCCAGUUCGAGGCAUGCGACGCCCGCCGAGCCUUCCCCUGCUUCGACGAGCCUAACCUCAAGGCUACUUUCGACGUUGAGAUCGAGGUUCCGAAAGACCAGGUCGCUCUCAGCAACAUGCCAGAGAAGGAGACAAAGGAGAGCAAGCGCGAUGGCUUCCACACGGUUGUCUUCGAGACCACACCCAUCAUGUCGACAUACCUGUUGGCCUGGGCCAUUGGUGAUUUCGAGUAUGUCGAGGCUUUCACCGAGCGAAAGUACAACGGCAAGAGCAUUCCUGUCAGGGUCUACACUACCCGAGGACUGAAGAAGCAGGGAGAGUUCGCGCUGGAUAACUGCCACAAGAUCGUUGACUACUUCUCGGAGGUCUUCCAGGUCGACUACCCGCUUCCCAAGGUCGAUUUACUCGCUGUCCACGAAUUCUCACACGGCGCUAUGGAGAACUGGGGCCUCAUCACCUACCGUACCACUGCACUACUCUUUGAUCCCGAGACCUCAGCAGACAGCUAUCGCAACAGAGUGGCAUACGUUGUUGCUCACGAGCUCGCUCACCAAUGGUUCGGCAACCUGGUCACAAUGGAUUGGUGGAGCGAGCUUUGGCUUAAUGAGGGUUUCGCCACCUGGGUUGGAUGGUUUGCCAUUGACCACUUGUACCCUGAUUGGAAUGUGUGGGGCCAGUUCGUCACUGAUUCUGUGCAACAAGCUUUCGCACUCGAUGCGCUUCGCACUUCCCAUCCUAUCGAGGUCCCGGUGUACGAUGGUCUUGAGGUCGACCAGAUCUUCGAUCACAUCAGUUACCUGAAGGGCAGCUCUGUCAUCCGCAUGCUGAGCGCUCAUCUUGGUGAGAAGGUGUUCCUCCAGGGUGUUGCCGACUACCUGAAGGCUCACCAGUACUCGAACGCCACAACGAACGACCUGUGGUCCGCCCUAAGCAAGGCUUCUGGCCAGGACGUCAGUAGCUUUAUGGACUUCUGGGUCCGCAAGAUCGGUUUCCCUGUUGUUACCGUAGCUGAAGAGCCUGGCCAGAUCGGCAUUCGCCAACAGCGUUUCCUGCUGGCCGGUGAUGUCAAGCCUGAGGAAGAUUCGACAGUGUGGUGGAUUCCGUUGGGCCUGCACGCCGGCUCUUCUCCUUCGACAGCAUCUGCCCACGAGAUGGGUGCAUUGACGCAGAAGGAAGAGACCAUCCGCAAUGUCGAUGAUGGCUUCUACCAGCUCAACAAGAACCUCACUGGAUUCUACAGGACCAACUACCCACCUGAGCGCCUUGUAAAGCUAGGAGAGUCUCGCCACGAGCUCUCAGUGCAGGACAAGAUUGGCAUUAUUGGAGAUGCUUACGCCAACUCUAUCGCUGGGUUUGGCUCUACCGCUGGCCUGCUUGCGCUCGUGGAGAAAUUCCAGGACGAGUCGGACUACUUAGUCUGGUCGCAGAUUCUCACCAACAUCGGCAACGUACGCAGCGUUCUCUCUGGCAGCGAUGAUGUCAGCGACGCUCUGAGGAAGUACCACCUCAAGCUCAUCACAUCUGCAGUCGAGAAGGUCGGCUGGGAGUUCAAGGAUGGCGAAGGCUUCCUCACUGGUCAGCUUCGCGCAUCGCUCAUCCUGUCUGCUGGUCUGGUCGGCCACAAGGCGACGGUCGAUGAGGCCUUGAAGCGCUUCGAGGCCUACACUUCUGGGUCUGACAAGUGGGCCAUCCACCCCUCGCUCCGCCGCGCCGUUUUCGGCAUUGCGGUCAAGAACGGUGGAGAGUCCGCCUACAAGGCUGUCCAGAAGGAGUACCUCUCGACAACAUCAAUCGAUGGCAAGGAGAUCUGCUUAGUCUCUCUGGGCCGCGUCCAGACACCCGAACUUGCUCAGGACUUCCUGAAGUUCAUCUUCUCGGACAAGGUCGCCACCCAAGACAAGCAUUCCGGUACCAUUGCGCUGGCCAACAACUCCAAGGUCCGUCCUGAAGUAUGGAAGUACGUCCGUGAUAACUGGGACCAGACUGUUUACCCUGCUCUGUCGGGUAACCUCGUUGUUCUCGAGCGCUUCUUGCGCUUCGGCCUGAACAAGUUCGCUGAUGACAAGAUCGCGGACGACAUAGCGGCUUUCUUCAAGAACAAGGACACUCGCGGUUACGACAAGGGUCUCGAGGUCAUCGACGAUACCAUUAGGAGCUACGCGAAGUACGCUAAGAGGGACGAGGCUGUCGUUAGGGAAUGGCUCAAGGCCAACAACUACCUGUCGUGACUUGGACCGAGACUGUAGAUACUAGAUAUGGCCUGGCCGCAGAGCUUGGAGCCAUGUAGAUAGGCGUCAGAAUUGAACAAAGUCAAAGAUCAGGG